GCUUGCUAUUUUGCCCCGAUUUAAAGCUUUCGUUGGUAUCAGUUUCGAGGAAAUCUUCUAAACUAAAGAAAGUAGACAAGAAGGUUCAAGAUUGUGUGACCUGUGUUGAUCUUUCCAGCAUGAAACCUCAUCAUAGAAAAUAUUCCAGCAUGGAAAUGUAUCCCUUUCUAAUAGUUUUUCUGUAUCUUCUCGAGAGUGUUGCCUCCGAAAACCUUAUACAGACAAUCAAUGAUACAAUUGGUGCUGAAAACUACACUUACUACAGAGUUUCUGGAGUGGGACGGCUAAGACUUGAACUCACUUCAAUGUACGGUGACGCUGAUUUGUAUGUGUCUCAUAUUACGCUAUCGCCCACCUUCAAUGAAUACGAGCUCAAAAGUACAACAUGCGGUAUGGACGUCGUUGAAAUUCCAGCCUUUUUAACCAGACCUAUAGGUGUGGCAGUGUAUGGUUAUCCAGUAAAAAGGAAUGAAACUGAGUACAGUCUUUCAGUUUAUUUUGUAUCCAAAUAUGAUGAUUCCGAUUACUCUUCCCUUGAUUCCAUGUAUACUUUGAGAGAUUCAGACAGUAAAAAUGAUGUAAAUGCAGGACAGGCCACCCCAAACGGUCAGCAGAGCUAUCAAGACAAAGAAGAGGAGGAAAUAUCAGUUUCAGAAACCCUGUGGACAAUUCUUCUUACUAUUCUAAAAGUUGUUUUUGAAGUUUUAUUGUGAAAACACAUUAUGAUAAAUGAACACCUUCCAACUAGUGAAAUCAAUUAUAUCUCAGGUUACAUAAAAAUCAAAGGUUUAAGUGUUAUCCUGAACAAAAUCCAGUUUCCUAAUUAUAAGUUAUGUGUGUUUAAAAAUAUUUUUUUCAUUUACACUUUAGUGAUUAGGUUGAGAUUUUUUGUUUAAUUCUAUUGUUAGAGAACUAAAAUAGUGGUAACCCUCUUUGUUUGUGAAUGUUUAUACUUCAGUUUAAUUUAAAUGUCAUAAAAAAAAUUGGUUGUGUGCAAUAGUGUUGUCCCGAUGAUCGAAUAUAAUCGAUAUCUAAUCUGUAAGGCAACCGAUUCCCAACACCCGUGUGUAAUCAUAUUGACAGCAUGAUGCGAUAAAAUUAAUAUUUCAGUUUUUGGUAAAAACAUUGUUAUACCACACACUGUAUAUAUACAUUGUGACUGAGUAAUACACACUGUAAAUGCUCUAUAACAAACAACUAAAAAGAAGAAAUUUCAGGAAAUGGAAAGUCAAGAUAAUAGUGUAGUCUAUAUCAUUUUAUCAUGUGCCUUAUCAAUUUAUGUAUACCUGGUGUGUGUGUCGUAAUUAUAUAUAUAUACAUAUAUGAAGGCUGUUGUACAAGUUGUAAUGGAGAUAAUAUUUUUCUUUGGUCAAGAAAAUGCUAAAUCUAUUUAUAACUCAUAAUUAAGUAAAGGGCCAUUUCCAGUUUUUGUUGGACAAAUAAAGUACUAGAAUUGUAGCUGAUAGAUUGUGCAUUUUAAGCAAUUUUGAUAUAUAGACACUUGUUACAAUUAAUGUCUAUAAAUGGUGCACUACUUGUUUAAUGUAACAUUUGAGUUGAUUACGUUGAUACAAAGCAAUGAUAUUGUAGAGGUGGUGCACAUUUUUUGUUCCCUAUGGUCUUUUGAAACAAGUUUUGCCCACACUGAGUUUUCCCACAAUGUCAUAACCUUACAAAUAUUACUAAAAAUACAGCAUGUUAAAUGUUUCUCCUUCACAUUUAAUUGGUCCUUGGUCAUGGAUGAAAUUAAAAAAAGGUGAAAUUUUCCAAUUUAAAGUGGAAAAUUCUAAAAGUCUGAAAUAGAAUUUCUGUAAUGGUAAUUUUGGUCUGCAGCCUUAAGGUUUUAAGGAUGUUGUGAUCCAUUAAGUUGAGUGUAGAUUGGUAGUUGCUCCCCUUUGUUCACUGUGAUCCGAAUACAGAUAUUUCCUGCCUUGAAAUGUCAACAUUCCUGUGUUAUCUCCACACAAACUUUACAUCAUUGUGUUAUUAUUAUAUGUAGAUACUCAAGUUGUUACUUUGUAUGACUUGAAACUGAACAGAUUUAAACUAACCUAUAUACAUUUCUGUUCGUUUGUUUAUUGGUAAGUUUAACAUCUGAUCAACAGCUAGGGUCAUUUAAAGGUUAAAGGGGGCAAAACAACAUUUUACUUGCAUGAAUGUUUUAAUUUAAGCAUUGCUGGCAUGGCCAGACAUGAAUAAUAACAGAUAGUCUAGCGUGUGCCACAACUGCUAAACAAUUACAUUUACCAACAAGUUGAUAAAAACAUGCCUUUCUUUUUACGAAUUUCUUCUUUUGUUUAUACCAUAUUUAUUCUGUAGACUAAUUCUUUGUUCAUAUGCUAGGCCUUGUGCUGAUUUCAAGCAUAUGUCAUUCAAGUUUUCCCUCUAAUGCAAUAUUGCAGAUAUUGGGGAGGGCAGGUUACAAUUUGAUUGUACAUGGAUAUACUGGAUAGAUAGGACAGCAGUUGAUAUUACCUGAAAGAAACCCUUAUUUUGAUGUUAAAUAUUGUUGACAAGAUCUGCCAAUUUUGAUGUUAAAUAUUGUUGACAAGAUCUGCCAAUUUUGAUGUUAAAUAUUGUUGACAAGAUCUGCCAUGUUAAAUGAAUGACAAAACUAUAAUUAUAAUAUUUUUGAAAACGACCUUCAUGUUAUGAUUAAUAUGAUUUUCGUUAUAUCUUUCUUUUUAACAUGAUGGAAAGGAAUAGUAUUUUGGUUUUUUUUGGUUUUCCAGUGAUUUUGAUGAAAAGUGAAACAUAAUCAAGUUUUGACAAGAGGUUAAUAUUGUAUUGUCUCGGCCACCUAAGACAUUGUCACCAAGAUUAACAUGUUUCAUCUCCUCAUUAGUAUAACAGCAGUUCAUAAGUAGCAAGGGGAGAGUGCAAAUACUGGUGUCUAUUUUUAUAUUAUUCUGGGAAACAGAAAUUAAAUUCUAUACUUGUAUGUAUUACCGCUAUAUUGACAUACUAUAAACAUGUCCAUUUAUGCUUCUAUUAUUAUCUAUCUAAAUAUCUUACCUAGGAAAAAUAUCCUGUUGUCUUGAUACUACGUUGGAAACAUAUCGGGCAAUGAUCCAUGUCUGUAGAUGAUUUGGGUUCGCAUUUUCCAUGUGAUAGAUAUGAUUACAUAAUUGACUACAGUGUAUGAUAUACAGUUUAUUUAUAAAUUAUAGAGCAUUCAGUUUAUUUCGAAGUGAUCUUACCCAAUUAUGUAAAUGUAGAACUAUAAACACACUUGUUUAAUAACUUUGCUAAAAAGACACAUGUAUACCUUUAUGUAUGAAAUAUGUACUCCAUUAGCAUGCAAUAAAACUGUAAAAAACUGUAAAUGGAAAAACGGUACUGGUUUAACAAUCGACGGACACUAGGUGUAGAGAGAGGUACAUUACAAUAUGACCAUCGUCUGACACACUGAUGGUAACACUGAUGUCAUCAUCAUACACCUUCACAAAACUGGAAGUCUCUUCCUGAUAACUUGCAGAGUCCAGAAUAGAUCUGGUAUCUUGUCUACAUACUGCAAACAUACAUAUAUUAGGGGUAAUAUUAUUUUAGCUCAUUCAUUAUAAUUCACUGAAUUAUGUACUAGUUUCAGUCUUUGUAAAAUGCUUUUUGUUGCAAUUGCACUAAAUCUGUUAAAUUUUGAUAGUGUGCUAAAAUAUAUACCGGGUAUAUUUACUUUACAGAUUUCAAUAUAACCAGUAUGAUUUGGUUUUAUUUUGUUUUAUAACUGUGACGAUGUGUAUAUUCCCCUGGUAAAUAUUGAUUGAGGAACAUGUUUUUUUUGUUACAAAAAAUCUCCCAAUUGUCAACGAUUCACGUCUCCGAGACAAGGGGACAUAACAAACAGUUGUCAUUAAGAUUGACGGUGAACACACAAUGUUUUAUCAUUUCUUUCUUAAUACUCUGUAUUGUUCAGUUUUUUUGAUGUGCAAAGUAUUUUCGAAGAGAUUGAGUUCAUUACUGUAUGCAUAUACUGUAUAUGGAAUUUUCAAUCAGGUGCAGUUAUUGUAACAUAUAUUGCAAUCGGGGAUGAAAAAAUAAAUUUAAUUUUGUUGUAAACCAUGCUUAUGCCAUUAAUGCCAUAAUUGCAUAAAAUGAAUAAAUUGUAUAGUUUUGUA